GACCGGAAGGAGGCAGUGGCGACAUGCACCUGUCCGCUCAGCCAGUGCUAUAGAGACGGAGGAGGGAACACCAUAGAGAUCUGCCAAAGUAAGGCUUGUGCAACUGAAAACUUCGCAGGCAAUCGGCCGUGGAAGUUUCUCAGUCCUCCGCUCUUAUACCCUGGGAGAACUCCCCUUUGCGAAGGGCGUGUUCCUUCAACAUUCAGAAUGGCAUUGAGGAAUGUGAACUCUGACCUUGACAUUGAAAGAAAAACUUCCUCCUUCAGUGUAGAACGACUUACCAAUAUACUGGAUGGAAGUGCUGAAAACACCCGGAUCCGGAGGGCAGUAAAUGCUGUACUCCAGAAUGAUCCAGAAUUUAACCUUGAAAACCAGUACUUCCUCACCCAGAACGAAAGAUAUGAAGAUUCUGUCAGGAGGUCUAUCCACCUCUCAAAAAAGAUGAAUGAAAUGGGAUGGACCACAAAUGGACCUGAAAGGACUUGCUGUUACAGGGCUCUUUCGGCUAAUUUGGCAUUUAACGUGCACAUAGUCUUUAUUAAGAGCAUUUUGGGGUUGGGCACAGAAGAACAGAUUGCCAAAUGGAUCCCCUUAGCAGAGAAGUAUUACAUCAUAGGAACCUACGCCCAGACUGAACUGGGCCAUGGAACUUAUCUUCGGGGUUUGGAGACAACAGCCACUUUUGAUGUUGCCACACAGGAGUUUGUUCUUAACACCCCAAGCAUCUCUGCCAUGAAGUGGUGGCCAGGAGACUUGGGACGAACAGCAACUCAUGCUGUAGUUUUUGCUCAGCUUUACCUAAAAGGAAAGAGUUACGGCAUGCAUCCCUUCGUAGUGCACAUCCGCAGCCUCCGCGAUCAUUCUCUGGCACCAGGAGUAACUGCAGGGGAUAUUGGUCCCAAAAUGAGCUUUGAAAAUAUUGACAAUGGCUUUCUCUUGCUGGAGAAUGUUCGGGUUCCAAGGGAAAACAUGCUGGCCAAAUUCUCUCAGGUUCUGCCAGAUGGUCAGUAUGUAAAAAAAGGAUCUGAGAAGAUUAACUACUUGACUAUGAUUGUGGUCCGUGUGUCCAUGGUUCAAAAUGAAGUUGUCCUCACUCUGAUGAAGGCAUGCACCAUUGCAAUCCGAUAUUCUGUGGUCCGACGGCAGUCUGAGUUAAAGCCCGGUGACCCAGAAGCAAAGAUUCUGGACUAUCAAACUCAGCAACACAAGCUGCUACCUCAGCUGGCAGCUGCCUAUGCAUUUUACUUUGUUUCUAAGUAUCUGUGGGACAUCUUUGACAGGGGCUACACCGAAAUUAAAGAAGGAAAAUUUGGCUUGCUUCCUGAGCUUCAUGCCCUUGCUUCAGGCAUUAAAGUGAUAGCUACAGAAUAUUGCUCAGCCGGGGUUGAGGUGUGUCAGAAGGCCUGUGGAGGACAUGGCUAUUCUCUUCUCAGUGGCCUGCCUUCCUUAUGCAGUAGACUGAUGGCUUCUUGCAUUUAUGAGGGGGAAAACACGGUUCUUCUCCUGCAGACAGCCAGGUUUCUGAUAAAAUGCCUUGGGAUGUCACGCAGUGGCCACCCUCUUCCUUCAUCCGUUGCCUACUUAUCUUCCAAAAGCUUUGGGAAAUGCCACGCUCAGGAAAACAGAGAUUUCCUAAAUCCUGAUGUUUACGUUGAAGCUUAUAAGCACAGAGCAUGGAGGAUUGUAAGAAAUGCAGCAACCAAACUCCAGACUUUGGUCCAAUCAGGAAUAGCACAGCAUGAAGCAUGGAACAGAUGUUCUGUCCAAUUGGCACAGGGUGCUAUGGCUCAUAGCCAUUACAUUGUGGUGGAAAAAUUUGUCAAAGCACUGGAGACAUUUGGAAAAGAGGUUGCCAUCCAGAGGGUCCUCAAACAUCUCUGUGACCUUUUCGCACUGCAUGGGAUUUUAUCUAACAUGGGAGACUUUGUGCAGGACACGUACCUUUCUACACAGCAAACUGACAUGGUGACUGAAUCGUACCUGGAUCUCCUGACAGUCAUUCGGCAAGAUGCUGUGCCGUUAGUGGAUGCAUUUGAUUUCUCUGAUGCUAAUUUAAAUUCAGCCCUUGGCAGCUAUGAUGGUCAAGUCUAUCAGCGGCUUUAUGAGUGGGCCAAGAAGUCACCAACCAAUCAUCAGGAUAACCGGGUCUUUGAGACGUAUUUGAAACCACUUUUCCGGAAUGCCCUGUCGAAGCUAUGAAGUGAAAGAAGGGAACGGAGCAGAGGCAGCUCCUUUUCUGCUGUCCUUAAAGCAACACUGCCAUGUAUUGAUUAAUGUAACCCAUAAAAUGUAAAAGCUGACUGCCUUCUUGCCGAUUAAAGCAUUCACUUGCAUUUUCUUGGCAAGCAGAAAGCAACCUGGGGUGGGGGAGUCAUUUUGUCUUUACUAAAAAUAGACCCAAGUUUUAUUUCUUUUACCACGCACAGCAGCACUUGCUGGUAGCCUAUGUGCAGCCUGGACCACUGGGAUUGCUGCUGUUGGGUUGGUCCACUAGUUCUUUUAGGGCAUCGAUGGGAUAACCUGUGGUCCUCCAGAUACUGCUGGACUCCAGCUCCCAUCAGCCUUGACCAUUGGCCAUGCUGGCUGGAGCUGAUGGGAGCCAGAGUCCAAGAACAGCUAGAGGGCCUCAGUUUCCUGCCUUGUUUUAGGACCAAGAUAGCAGUUGUACAUCAUCUCCUGUUGCAACUUUAGUGAUGGCAGAAUUGCCAGUGGUGUGCUCCAGAAACAACUACAGCUCUUCUUAGGAGUGACUAGUUUUGAGAUGGUCCUUUGCAAAGAGCUCUCUGAUACCCCUGUCCUGCGAUGCUCAGUGGAUCCUCAACCACAGGCUUACUUAGGAGCAUAUAUGCUACCUCCAGGAUCUGGUGCAGCAGGCCUUUGAAUACCAGAGAACAAAAGCGGGAGAUGGCUGUUGUCCAAUGUGGUGUAAUGGUUAGGGUAUCAGGGUAUGACCUAGGAGACCAGGGUUUGAAUCCCCACUCAGCAAUGAAAGCUCACUGGGUAACCCUGGGCCAUUCACUGUAUCUCACCCUAACCUACCUCACAGGGUGGUUGUGAGGAGAAAAUGGGCAGGGGAGAACCAUGUACACUGCCUUGAGCUCCUUGGAGGAAAGGUGGGAUAUAAAUGUAAUAGACACAUAAGUACUGCUUGUGGGCUUCCCUGAGGCAUCUGGUUGGCCACUGGUGACAAAGAGGCUGCUGGACUAGAUAGGCCUUGGGGUGUAAUCCAGUAGAGCCCUUAGGUGCUUAUUGUGAGAAGUAAAAAUGGUGGCUUGCAGACCCACUGCUGCCUACACCAGGCCUAGGUCUUCUACAGUUAGCAGCAUCCCAGUGACUGAGGGGCUUAUACAUAAAAUGGGCACUCAUUAUGAUGGCUCUGUACUAUCAGGGGCAGUAUGGCUCUGAAUACCAGUUGCUGCACACCACAAAUGGGGAGAGUGCUGAUAUCCUGCUUGUGAGCUUCCCAUAGGCAGCUGGUAAAUCACAGUGAGAACAGAGUGUUGGACCUUUAGACUGAUCCAGCAGGGCUCGUCUUGUGUUCAGUGCUUCACUGCCACCACCCUUCUCAUUUGUGAGUUCUGUAUCACCAGGAUAUAUUCAGUGUACAUAUUUCAUAAUUGGUAUUAUUGGUCAAGUAGCAACUAUCACUUCAGAACAGGUGGGGAACUUCCAGCCUGCAGCCCUAAUUAGGCCAACCAGGCCUCCCAAUUUAGUGUGCAAGGCCAUUUUGGCCCAGCCACACCCACCUGUCACUCAUCUGAGAUAAGGUAAAGCUGCAGCUGCAAAGGAACAAUGGGAGAGUUAAGAGCUUGCUCAGAUUGUUCCUUUGCAUAGUUUUCACUGGGCACUGUAGCAUAGCUCUAGCCAGGGAAAGAUCCACUUAAUAUCAUAUGACAUCAGGUGAUUGACAGGUGCGUGUUCCUGCCCACCUAUCAAAUGUCACCCACAGAGAGUUGACAACAAUUUGAUCUGACCAAAACUGAUUCCCUACCCGUUCUAACACAUCACAGUAGUUUCCUGUAUGGAAAUUUGCCUGCCCUGAUGCACACAAAAAGUAUGGGUUUGACUGUAACUAUUGUAAUAUCCUGUUUUUUUAAUUGUUUCAGGGAAAUGUAUCCAAGUGCCUAAUCUGUAAAAACAGCAAGAAGCCUUUAAGAACCAUCAGACCCUUUGAAUAUAAUUGUACCUCUUUAAAACCCACCUUGCAACCUUUAAUUUAAAAUCUCACUGUGGUGACAGAGCUCGCACUAAAUUAAAGAUCUUGCACUGAAAAGGCAAGGUAUAAAUGUUUUAAAUUAAAAAUAAAUAAAUUUCACACAAACAGCAGCUAAUAGAAAUUGACAGAGCUUAAAUUAAGCUAAUGUUCACCUAGUUCGACCUGUGUUGCUUCCGUAUAAAUUAACCUGCUUGCCUAACUGUAGUUUAGGAAAGCACCUUUAGGCAAAUAAAUUAUAAUUCAGAAGUAGCUCAGUGACCAAGUUCAUUUUCUGCUUGUAAAAGGAACUCAGGUUUAAACCAUGGGUACCUCUCUCUGUUAACCUACCUCAGUGAAUUGUUAUGAGGAUAAAAUGGGGGAAAAUCCAUGUAUGCCAACAUUGAGCUUUCAGUGUUCUAUGCUCUGAUAACCUCCUAAUUAGACCACUGCAAUGAGUUUUACAUGGGGCUUCCCUUGAAGAUUGUGCAGCAAUUGCUGGUGGUGUAGAAUACUGCUGACAAGUUAUUAUGUGGGGCAGCAAGAUGGGAUCAUGUGUCACCAAUCCUUAAAGUAUUGCAGCGGCUGCCUGAGAGCUACUGGGCCCAAUUCAAAGGACUGGAACUAGCAUACAAAGCCCUGAAUGGCUUGAGAUUCAGGUAUUUGAAGAAGUGUCUUCCCCAGUACCUAUCAGUUCAGGCUUUGAGAUGGGUGGGGGAGGCCCUGUUUGUGUUCACUGGACAGGCACGGCUCAUGUGCUGGUGAUGCAAAGCAGGGCUUUCUCAGUGGAGGGGCUCUGGUUGUAGAAUUCCCUUCUGGUGGCGUUCUGACUGCCUAAACACUUACCUUUCAGGUGACAACUAAAACAUAUUCUGGUGCACAGCUAGUGUGGAAUUAAACAAUCUAGGUACUGCUGCCUGCUGUGUUGUAUUUCAUUAUUGAUAAUGGUUUAUUUAUUGUUUUGUGAUUAUUGUAAGCCACCCUGAGCUCCUACAGGAAAGAGGCUGAGAAAUAAGAAUAAAUAAUAACAACAACAUUGUGAUAAAGGAUUUCAGUAAACAAGCUAAGAAAGUCCUCAGCAGGUAGUAAAGGUGGAGAGCAAGAGGCUUCAUGGGGCAACUGUGGUUAGAAUGUCAGAACUAGGACUGGGGAGACUUCAGUUCAAAUCUGCAUCAGCCAUGAAGCUCACUGGAUGAUCUUUGGGCUGUUUCUAUCAUCCUAUCCUACCUCAUUUGUUGCUGUUAGAAUAAAGUACAUAAUAUCGUAAUACAUGAUACUGUGGUGCAGAGGUGAGAAUGAAGGAGGGAGAAUAAUGGCUUGCCAAAGGCCACCUAAUGAGUUUGCAAUCAAGGCGAAUGUUGAAUAUUGGAUUUGUUUGCUCACAGUUAAACUGCUACACUACAUGUAGCUUAUUAAACAAAAAGAAACAAGUCAUGUACAAUUAAAGCUAUUGUAUAAUUUCCUCUUGACUUCAGAGGUGAUGGGCCUAUAUUCCAUAUACAAUAUUGUUUAUUGCUUAAUUUUUUUCGAUUCUGUCAUUCAUACAUUAAACAACUGUCACCAUUGCUAAUAAAGGAGUAUUAUGCCUCA